AUGCCUAUGAGUGCCCCUGACAAGCGGCCCACUCCUCCCCAGCCCGAACCAACCACGCCGCCACUGGUCAGGACUAACAACUAUCGGACUUGUACAGCAAGAACAAUGAAGCUUCUGUGGUACCGUGGCCUGAUACUGCUGGUUGUGUGGAGCAGUCACACAGGUGUCAGCGAGCCACUGCCCCGGCGCACUAGCAAGAGGCACAACCCCAAGGGAUUGGGCGACCCGGACAGUCAUCUCAGAGAGAGCAAAGUCUCUUCGCGCUCGCGACCCUUACCGUCGGAUUCCCUUCCUCUUGUGGGACUGGUAGAGGAGCCCGACGAGGCACGGGAUCCCAAAGAUCGGGACCUCAAUUACAAGAAGUUACGACGAUUUCUGGGUAAAAGUUUUGACGCAGCUUUUAUGUCAGUGGUAAAACCAAACGAACUUUUAGAAAAACCCAAUGGAACUGUUGUCUACAAAUUUCGGAAAGGCAGGCCAAAGGGGAAAAUGCCUGGCUACAUCAAAUCAUUCGCCACUUACAGGCUGGCGGACGGCCGCAAAAUCAGACUGAGGAUUAAAAAACGGACAAAGCAGAAGGUGCAGCGGUAUUUGUGGGGUUUGAACCACUGCCCGGUCCAAUAUGUGUGGCGAGACUUAGGGUUGCGCUUCUGGCCCCGCUGGAUCCGCCAGGGGAUCUGCUACUCUGGGCGAUCCUGCUCAAUCCCGCCCGGCAUGAAGUGCAAACCUUUUAAAGAAAUACAGAAGAUCAUCUUGCGGUGGCAUUGCAAGUCGACAGACACGGAGCAGCUUCACUGUGCGUGGAUACACGUGCAUUACCCUAUCAUUGAUGAGUGUCAGUGCGCCUGUUAGCCUGUUUGCCCGGACAGCUAUUUCACAUAGGAAGAGCUGGGGACGUGUCCAGUGACUUCUUGGGGGAAGAAGACACUGUUAUGCUUGGAAUUCGGGCCGGCCAAUGAUCCUGGAAUGAUGUGACAGAGAGAUCGUCUGGUCACUGGUGGUGGAUGGGGUUUCACACAAAACAUUAUUUGUGUGGUGUCUCUCACAACUCUGAUCCCACCGUUGCAGAUAGAACAACCAUCUUGUGAUUUCAGACACGGCGCUGAUAUUGCGAUUUCGGACAGGACACUGAUAUUGUGAUUUCAGACAGGACACUGAUAUUGUGAUUUCAGACAGGGCACUGAUUUCGUGAUUUCAGACAGGGCACUGAUAUUGUGAUUUCAGACAGGGCACUGAUUUUGUGAUUUCAGACAGGGCGCUGAUAUUGUGAUUUCGGGCAGGACGCUUACUGCAGAAAUUUGACCAGGUAAAACUCAAGGUGAUCCUGAGAACGAGGUGCUGGGCUAAGGAGCAGGAGAUCUCUGGUAACGAGAUUGUAACUCUCCGUUAGUCCUAAAGACAGUGGGAGAGUCGUAAUGGCGAAUAACUGCAGGUACAUCAGCUGUGAUUCUGUUCCGUGCGACAUUUAGCCGUGUGCUUCUGUCACUGCCGGGCGCUAUUUGUGGACGCCAGUCAAUUACCCGAAGACAGCAAUAGUGACUGGUUUCAUUCGGACGGGUAUCUUGUCAUAUAUAGGUGUGAUGUAAAUUCUGACUUCAAGCUUUACAUCGGCGGAUUUGGAUAUACUUAGUACGUAUAUAGGCCAACGCGUCAGGAAACAGAGACCAGUCCGCAUGCCUGAAAUGCAAUGAAGUACCACUUAUUUGAGGUGCACAUAUUUUUAUUAUUUUUUUGAGUGAAUGUAUUUGGGUUGUAUACCAUUCACAUUAGAGUGAUAUUUGGUGUAUGGGACAGGGCAUAUUGCCUAGUCCUCUAGUGACAGUGCACCGUUCGGGACACAUUAUGGUUUAUUGGCGUGAUAUUUGGUGUAUGGGACAGGGCAUAUUGCCCAGUCCUCUAGUGAUAGUGCACCGUUCGGGACACAUUAUGGUUUAUUGGAGUGAUA